AUGAUUCGCUUUCCUUGGGUGCUUUUGUUAGCGCAUCUUUUUUACUCUACCACUUGGGCAAAGACUGUCUAUGAAACUUUGCGCAUUACAUGGGAAGAGGGGGCUCCGAACGGGCAGAGCAGAGAACUUAUCCACACCAAUGGGCAAUUUCCUAGUCCAACGCUUGUCUGGGACGAAGGGGACGAUGUUGAAAUAACCGUCAUUAACGACAUGGCGAAAAACGUGACCGUGCAUUGGCAUGGCCUUGACCAAAAGAAUUCUACCUGGUCUGAUGGCACCCCUGGCCUUACACAGCGCCCGAUCAAGCCUGGAAACAAGUUUGUGUACAAAUUUAAAGCAUCGCCUCCAGGAAAUCACUGGUAUCACUCCCAUGAGAAAAUGUCUCUGGUUGAUGGCCUUUAUGGUGCAAUUCACAUCAGGCCAAAACAAGACCGCAUGGGGCUUUGGAGCCAAAUCGUCAGCGAUUACAAAGACGUCGAAGCUAUGGAGAAAGCCGCUCGUGAUCCAGAAUAUCUAGUGGUAUCUGAUUGGAGCCAGUAUACUUCCGAAGAGUACUGGAAGAUAUCCACUGAUUCAGGGAUGCUUGUUUUCUGCCUUGACAGUAUCUUAGUCAACGGAAAAGGAGAGCUUUAUUGUCCAGGCCAAAAGUUUCUCCAAUCAGAGCUUGCUCCAGGCCUAGUUGACGAUGCAUUCCCACCUGGCACAAAGGUCUCAGACAAAGGAUGCUUCCCAGCGCAACUUGAUCAAAUCCAGGGUGGCCCUUGGAACGUCACUAAACGCCCAGAUCUCAUACCACCACGUGUUCAAGAAGGCUGUGUCCCAUCCAAGCAUGAGAAUGCAUCGAUAACUGUUGAUCCGAAAAAAAACAAUGGCUGGGUUAGCAUGCACGUUGUGGCCGCCGCCACUAUCGCUCAAAUUGCCUUUUCCAUUGAUGACCAUGAAUUUUGGUUGUACGAAGUUGACGGAAACUAUGUUAAUCCAAAGAAGUUUGUCAGCAUGGUAAUGUCUGCUGGAGAGACCUUCUCGAUUAUGGUCAAGCUUGAUAAAACCCCAGGGAAGUAUACGAUGCGCAUUCCCAACUCUGGAGUUUCUCAAGUAUUGGGAGGAUAUGCCGAAAUGAUCUAUGCUGGACAUGAGCAAGACCAGAGAUCAGAUAAGCCAUAUUUGUCAUUCGGAGGUAAUCCGAUCUCUCCAGAGGUUGAGAAAAACUCCUACUUUCCAUGGCAGCUGGAAUCGGACCACAUGGAACCGUGGCCUCCGAAUAAGCCUCGACCAGGUAACGCCGACGAGGAACAUCUGCUCGCGGUUGGUCGUGUUGGCGCACCAUAUAAUUACACCAUGAACACCAAAUACCUAUAUCCCAUCGACUUCCAAAACAACGACCCUCUGCUAUUCUACCCCAAUGCAACUGUGGGAACCGAAAAUGACAACCUAGUGAUUCGCACCAAGAAUGGAUCUUGGGUUGAUCUCAUCUUGCAAGUUUCCACCUUGCCAGGCGACACGUCAGCUUUUGAGCAUUUCAUGCAUAAACACGGCAGCAAAACGUGGAGAAUUGGCUUUGGAACUGGUGUCUGGAACUAUACUAGCGUUGAAGAGGCAAUUAAGGAACGGCCCAAGGAUUUCAACUUGGAGACCCCCGGCUUGCGCGAUACGUGGCUCACAGCGUUCUCUGUAACAGGGGAGGCUUACUGGAAUGUUUUCAGAUACCAUGUGGAUAAUCCCGGCCCUUGGCUGUUCCAUUGCCAUAUUGAGCUUCAUUUGAUGGGUGGAAUGGGCAUUGUUAUUAUGGAUGGCACGGAUGCAUGGCCAGAAAAUAUCCCGAAAGAGUACCAGCUUGAUUAA